AUGAGUUCUUCAAGGGGUCUUCAGUCUAUCCGUCCAGUUUCCAAGACCUUCAAUGCGCUGCCAGCUGCAUACGCUGGCGCGCAGGUCGCGUCCAGACGGCACGCAGGAACCAUCGCAAACUUUAAAAUCCCCACGAUCAACAACGAGCCCAACCAACACUACUCGAAAGGCUCAGUGGACAGGCAAAAGUUGCAAGAUGCUAUCGCAGCCUUGAAGAAGAGGGGAGCUAUCCAGGUACCGCUUGCCAUUGGAGGCGAACACAUCAAUAACUCCUCCAUCCUCACUCAGCACGAUCCGUCGUCCCACGCCGAUGUAGUCGCAAAGUACUCCAACGCCAGCACAGCAGACGUCAAGACGGCCAUCAAUGCAGCCCUCGAGGCAAAAGCAGAAUGGGAGGCUCUACCCUUCGCCGAUCGUGCUUCGAUCUUCCUGAAGGCAGCCGACCUCGUGUCCAGCAAGUACCGAUACGAGAUCAUGGCGGCAACUAUGGUCGGCCAGGGCAAGAACGCGUGGCAGGCCGAAAUCGAUUCAGCAGCCGAGCUGUGCGAUUUCCUGAGGUUCAAUGUCAAAUAUGCCGAGGACACAUACGGCCACCAGCCCACACACAACUCGCCAGGCGUCUGGAACCGUGUCGAGUACCGACCUCUUGAGGGCUUUGUGUACGCCGUAUCGCCCUUCAACUUCACGGCUAUCGGCGGCAACCUCCCUGCUGCUCCAGCACUCAUGGGCAACGUUGUGGUUUGGAAGCCAUCUCCUUCCGCCAUUGCCUCGAACUGGCUCUUGUACCAGAUCCUCAUCGAAGCCGGCCUUCCCCCAAACGUCAUCCAGUGGGUCCCUGGUGAUGCGGUCGAAGUGACUAAAGAAGUUCUGUCCCACCGACAAUUCGCUGCCCUCCACUACACAGGUAGCACGGCAGUCUUCCGUCAGCUGUACGGCACGAUCGCAAACGGUGUCGCCGACGGCAAAUACCAGAGCUACCCUCGCAUUGUCGGCGAGACUGGAGGCAAGAACUUCCACUUGGUCCACCCCAACGUCGACGUGAAGAACGCCGCGAUCCAGACUGUCCGCGGUGCUUUUGAGUACCAAGGUCAGAAGUGCAGUGCGUGCUCGCGCCUGUACGUCCCUAAAUCUGUAUGGCCCGAAUUUCAGAAGACCCUGGUCGCAGAGACGGAGGCUCUUAAGAUCGGUGAGCCUUCUCAGUUCGAGAAUUUCAUAGGCCCUGUCAUCCACGAGGCCAGCUUCAAGAAGCUUUCUGGUGUUAUUGACGAAGCCAAGAACGACAGCGAACUUGAGCUCGUCGUUGGUGGCAAGUACGACAGCAGCAAGGGUUACUACAUCCACCCCACCAUCUACAAAACCUCCAACCCUAACCAUCCUCUUUUGUCGCGUGAGCUUUUCGGGCCCGUCCUCGUUGCGUACGUCUACGACGAUGCUGCCCCUGAUGCUUUCGAGAAGAUCAUCAAGCAGAUCGAUGAUACCUCCGAGUACGCUUUGACUGGAGCUGUCUUUGCCAAGGAGAGGAAGGAUCUCAAUUUUGCUGAAAACAAGCUGAGGAACGCUGCCGGUAACUUCUACCUCAACUGCAAGUGUACUGGAGCAGUUGUUGGCCAGCAGCCCUUCGGUGGAUCAAGGGCCAGUGGCACUAACGACAAGGCCGGUAGCGCUACUCUGCUCUCCCGCUUCGUCAACAUGAGGGCGAUCAAGGAGGAGUUCGUUGCAACCGAGAAGGUCGCGUACCCCAGCAAUGAGGUGUAA